GUGUGUUAGACCCCAUGGUAGUCCUUGUAAGCUUAUCGCGUAGGCGUAGAGAACAUCGUUAUGAAAUCCACUACAGCAAGGACUUGCCUUCGGAUUUUCAUUAUAAUCCAAGCUGCUACGUUCGUAGUACCAUCUGAAGAUGCGCAAUUUUGGAAUGAACAAACACAAGCUCUUCUAAACAAGUACCUACAGACAGAUUAUAACUGCGGCGUUGCCAAGAAUGCUAUAUUAUUCAUCGGCGAUGGCAUGGGCCUCCCGUCACAGUUCACCGGUAGAGUACUGAAAGGUCAAAUAAAGGGUAAAACAGGAGAGGAGGAGUUUCUUGAGUGGGAAAAAUGGCAGCACACCGGACUUGCAAAGACUUACAAUACGGACUAUCAAGUUCCGGAUUCCGCUGCUACUGCAACAGCCUUCCUAUGCGGUGUGAAAGCGAAGAAGGGCACUGUGGGCUUAGAUGACACUCUCAUCGACAGAGGCGACUGUCCUUCCGCGAGUAAAGCAGAAGUGUCCUCGAUUGCCGAAUGGGCCAUCGCGGCAGGAAAGUCAGCAGGCCUGAUUACGAGCGCACGAGUGACACAUGCGUCACCAGCACCACUCUAUGCUCACUCAGCCGACAGGAAAUGGGAAUCGGAUACGGCUGGCAACAGCGAGUGCAGAGACAUAGCGCGUCAACUAAUAGAGGACAUGCCUGGCAAACAGUUAAACGUGGUACUUGGAGGAGGCAGAUCGCGAUUCACACCUACUACGCUGGCAGAUAUUGAAUACCCGGAGAAAUUUGGAAGACGCUCCGAUUUCAGGAACCUGAUCAACGAGUGGACAGAAGAGAUGACGAAGAACGAGUUGCAACACGCGUACGUUUGGAACGCAACCCAAUUCAACUCUAUCGACCCGGCAGAUGUAGACUACCUUCUCGGUCUUUUUGAGCCUGAUGAGCUGCCUACUGUGCUUAACAAGUCUCCUGCUGAGGCUGGAAACCCAACCCUCGCAGAGAUGCUGCGGAAAGCUAUUCAGAUCCUACAGAAAAACCCCAACGGCUAUUAUCUGUUCGUCGAAAGUUCUAACAUUGACUGGGCACAUCACGAUGGUCAAGCGUACAUGGCCACCCAAGAGGUACUUGUCCUUGAUGACGCGGUGCAGGUUGCCAUGGAUAUGACCAACCCAUCCGAUACGUUGUUGGUUGUGACUGCUGAUCAUUCCCACGUCAUGACUGUCGCUGGCUACCCGAAGCGAGGAAAUCCCAUGUUUGACAACUUUGCCAGAAAUUCGCAUCAUAGAGCUGGCAAAAGUUUCGAGGGAGCCACAGAGCAUGAAUCUGAUCCCAAGGCAAGCAUCCGUAAGAUAGCCGAAUAUCUGGGUAGGGAACUCACUGAGGAUCAAGUCGACCUGAUCGCUGAAGCCACUAGCUUCAAAAAGAUGAAAACAAACCCGAAGGCAAACUAUGAUUGGCUGCCACAAACGAUGUACCAGAAACACAGGAAACUUAUGCGUAAAGGCGUGUGA